AUGUCAAUCCUGCGCAAGCUUCGUACGUCAUCACGCCACGGGAUCAAGGAGGAGAACGAGUACGCGCCCGGCGAGCUGUUCGAGGCCGUGCGCUGGGCCUUCGGGCCUGACUUCGCGCUCGACGCCUCGCCACCCGCCCAUGUGACCAACUGCCAGCGGCUGGUCGAAGCCUGGCGCGCCGCCCGGGCCGCGUCGCCAUCAGACAAGGAGUCGUCGAGGCGAGCCGAGGCCGCGGCGGCCGAGUUCAGGGCCUGGCUCGAGGUCUGGGAGCACGGGCGGCACUCGGACUGGGAGCGGCUGCCGCUGGAGGUGAUGGAGAUGAUCUUCACGUGGCUCCCGGGCGACGAGCUGCAGCACCUGCUCGCCACGCGGCUGGUGUGCCGCGCCUGGCACGAGGUGACGUCGGAGGCCAACCAGCCCUUCUGGCGUCGGCUGUUCGUGUCCCACCGCCAGCUCGACGACUCCAAGGCCCGGCAGCAGCAGAGCGACAAGAAGGAGGCCAGGCGCCAGGAGUACCUCAAGCUGCUCCAGAUCGCGAUGAGACAAGACGAAGACGAAGAUGAAGAUGGUGGCAGCAGCAGCAACAACAACAGACAAGAGGAAGAGGAGGAAGAGGAGGUGUGCUGGAAGCGACGGUACUUCGAGGUGCUCCACGGGGUGGACAUGAGCGAGUACGAGGAGUACGAGACGAAGGGAUUCCGCACGAAGCUCAUCAACGGCCCGCGGCCGGGCAAGUCGCGCCCGAACUACGGCCGAUCGUCGUCUUCAUCUUCAUCACCAUCAUCGGCCAAGCAGCGCAAGCGCGAGUUAGAGCGCCAGCAGCGGCGAGACCGACGAUCGCGCUACCAGGCGCGUGCCAACGCGCAAGGGCGUGCGGCCAAGCGGGACGCCUCGUGGUGA